AUGGAGAACGCAACUUCGACGAACGUAAACAAGAAACUCAUUCUCGUCAUUGGGGCGACCGGCGCGCAGGGUAUGGAGGUCGUCCCAGCCCUUCUAGCGCCAAACGAGGACGGGACUCCCUCACCUUACGCUGUCCGCGCCGUUACUCGUGAUCCGGAAAAUAAGCGCGCAAAGGAGCUGCAGGCCAUGGGCGCUGAGUUGUUCAAAGGAUCCUUCUACGACGUGAACGCCAUGGCCAAAGCGUUCGAUGGUUGUUAUGGCGCGUUCGUCAAUACGGACACUUACACCGUCGGCGAGGAGAAGGAGAUUUGGUCUGCUAUCAAGCUAUAUGAGAUCGCUAGACGCACACCGAGCAUGCGGCAUUUCGUAUGGAGUAAUCUCGACUAUGGUAGCAAGUUGGGGGAUUUCAACCCGAUUUACAAGUCGGAGCACCAUGAUGCAAAAGGGAUCGUAAAUGAUUUCCUCAAGAGUCAGCCUUCGUACCUCGGCGAUAGGCUGACUUGGACCUCCCUCACAUCAUGCGUCUAUUUCGAGAUGCUUAAAUACCCUCUCUGUGGUCCGCUGAACAUACGUGAGGAUGGCACGGUCGUAUUCGCCACUCCUCUCGGGAACGGACAUGUCCCAAUGAUUGCUCUGUCCGACCUGGCAUGGUGGAACCGCCACGUCCUCAACAACCGCGAGGCAAACUCUGGCAAGGAACUCCUCGUCGCAAGCGACUGGGUCGGGUGGGACUAUCUGGUCGAUACAUUCACCAAGGUCACAGGAAAGCCCGCAGUAUACCGACGCCUGUCGCUCGACCAGUGGUUUGCCUGUAUGACGGGCCACGAGAGGCCUAUUGCGAACGAGAAGAAGACCGGCGAUGGCUCGACCACUAUUCGGCAGAGCUUCUCCGGAUUCUGGUGCCUUUGGAGAGAUGACAUGAUUAAGAGGGACAUGGAAUGGAUCAGGAGCACUCAUCCUGAAUCGCUGACGGUUGGCGAGUGGAUGAAGAGAGAAAAGUACGAAGGGAAGAUCGGGGCCACCGCGCUCAAGAAUGCAGAGGACGGAAAAGGCCGCGUUGUACCGAACAAAUCCGUGACAUCUUUAUUGUAA